GCACCAUGUUUUGUGACGUUUACCGUGAAAACGAAACUUAACUGCUGGCGUAGACUUCAUCGAAAGCGGGCCCAGCCUUACGAAAACAUGGAGGUAGAGUGAGACGAAAACGGAAAAGAUGUACUAUUCUGACAUUUCCAUACAUUAUGUAAUUUGAGUUUGUCUGUUUACAAUGGCAACGGAAAACUGCGUAGCCAAACUAAACGAGUUUGCACAGAGAACACGCUCGCUGCUGAUUUUUGAGGACGUUGGAGCUGUUGGCCCUGACCACAUCAGAACAUUCACCGUGAGAGCGGUCUUGAAUGGGAAGGUGUAUCCUGAUGGCGUGGGGAAGAACAAGAAGGAAGCCAAACAGAACGCAGCUAAAAAUGCCCUAAGAGGCCUGCUGGAGGAACCAUCUGACUUUGUAAGAUUAAUGUACCGCUUUAUGUAUCUGCUGCAUGUGUCGAUUUUUGUAUUCUACAGUAUAGAAGACAAACUCACAUCGCAUGUCUCCUUGAUACGUUUGUUGUUUUCUCGACAGACAGAAAAUGUAGCAGAAACGGCCACUUCAACAGUUCUUCAGACGAGUAUCAGUAACACCAACUAUAUAUGUUGGCUCAAUGAAUAUGGUCAGAAGAACAGGCUGACUAUAAGGGCUGUGGAGUCAACCAGACUGGGACCAAGUAAUGCUAUUCAAUGUUGCAGCUUUGUGGUUGGUGAUAAGGAGUACCCAGCUGUCUCUGGAAAUACAAGGAGGGAAGCCAAGGAGGAAGCAGCAAAGCUUGUACAUGAUGUGAUACAUGGCAGUAAAACUAUAGAGACUGAAGAUGAGAAAUGCAGUGCCACGUCAAAUCAGCAAAGGGAGGAUUUGAAACAAAAUGUGUCAGAAAUCUGUGAUAAGACAAAAGACUUGAGUGUAAAGACAGAAGGUGGAAGCUUUUCAGAGACUAAUUUCAUUGGAAUUGUCAACCACUAUUGUCAGAAAACAAAGCGCUCCCAUGAUUACAUCUUAGAGAGAAGAUGUGGUCCAUCACAUAGCCCCCAAUUUUUCUACAAAUUAGUGAUCAACGACAAGGAGUACCCUGUGGCUGAGGGUAAGAGUAUCAAGGAAGCCAAACAAAAUGCAGCUCAGCUGGCCUGGUCUGCUCUUCAAGAACAGUCUGAUUGGGACAGCAAGAUAACUUUCUGGUCAGCUGUGUCUGAUGAUGGCGGACCAGCCAAACCGCCCACACUACCAAGCACACCGGAGUCUCGUGAUGCACAAUCAAAAGGCAUACCGCCAAUUACAAGUGACUCAGCUGUUUUCACCAGUCCAUCGAAUCUUCUCAAGGAUAAGGAUCAAAGGAAGGAUCAAAGUCCUGAUGUGAAGCCCAAAAUAAGACUCGCAGCAAAUUUCCCAAAUGCCCGCAAACACAGCAAAGAGGAAAUAGUCAAUUUCAGUGGCAAGAAUGCAGGAAAUAGUCUGAGUGAGAAAACAACCACCCAGUCAGUAAUCUCAAGAUUUACAUCAGAAUUUGACUCCAUAGAGCGCCUCGGCAAAGGAGCCUUUGGUCGUGUUUUCAAGGCAAAACAAAAACUGCUGGGGAAGUUUUAUGCUGUAAAGAUUGUCCGCUGCAAAGAAAAAGCUCUACGAGAGGUGGGAGCAUUAUCUGACCUCCAUCACUGCAAUAUUGUUCGAUACUUCACAUGUUGGAUGGAAGAUUCAGAGUACCAAUGGGACGAUACAGCUGACAGUGGCAGUACUUCACAGUCGACCAGUAAUUCAUCUGCAAAGUUCCUCUAUAUUCAGAUGGAGUUGUGUGACCUCAGAACACUCAGAGUGUGGAUAGAUGAGAGGAACAUUCAGAAUGUGAAAAAAUCUCGGCGAGACUCCAAAAGAAGAGAAGACAGUCUGACCAUUGCUCAGCAAAUAGUCUGUGGAGUCGACUACAUUCACUCCAGGAUGUUCAUCCAUAGAGACCUGAAGCCUGCCAACAUCAUGUUUGGGCGAGGUGGAGAAGUGAAGAUUGGAGACUUUGGUCUGGUGACUGCAGAGAAUGAUGACGAUGCUGAGAACGUGAUGGAGAGAUCAGUGUACAAAGGAACCCCGUCUUACAUGGCUCCUGAGCAGAAGAGCAAGAGCACCUAUGACCGAAAAGUGGACAUAUUUGCUUUGGGGCUGAUAUAUUUUGAACUUCUCUGGAACCUCUCUACUGGCCAUGAGAGGAAAGUGAUUUGGGACGAUGCCAGAAGCCAGAAACUUCCUCAAGGGUUUUCACACAAUUUUCCCAAAGAGAACCAAAUUAUAAAGUCAAUGCUGCAUGUGAAGCCAGAAGAACGACCUGAAGCAAGUAAACUAAAGUCAGACCUGGAAGAGUACGGUCAUGUACUCCAUGAGUUAAAAAAUAUGCAACGAGACAGUAAGAGUGUCUGAUUGUUACAGGGAGGGUUAGAAACAAACGCAUCAGUUGUCACAAGCUUGACUAUUUAUUUAGUGUUAUGUUACAUAAUACAUAACAAUUCAUACAUUAAUUUGUAUCGGUCUCUUUUAAGAAUUGUGUUUUAAUGAUUUAAUGGGACAUUAUUAAUCAUGAUUAUGGAAACUUGAUGGGAAAAGGCACAUAAAGUAGUUCAUUUUAUAAUCAGUGAAUUAAACAAAUUGAAUUAUCUCCACAUUCAGUUUUAAUAAAAUCCCAUGUCUUGGAUUAGUACUAUGACAGAUUGGUCAGUUGUCAAUGUGUUUGUGAGCAAGAGCAGGGCAAGGAGGGGCUGAGCAAAUCAAUGUGCUGUGCACAGCUCUACAAUGAAAUGAGGUUUUAGCCAUUUGAAAUAGUUAAAAACAAAUGGGCGCCACACAGAAAAUCAAUGUAUGGGAAACACACAGAAAUGUAAAAAUAUUUUUGUUUCAUUAUGAAACUAUAGAGAGACAAAUGAGAUGUCAUUUGAGUAGGUGGUCCUUCAAUGUGGCCCAAGACACAUUCAAGUACACACUACUAAAAGAAUGUAGCCAUAUGCACUCGGACCUCAAUGUGUCGGGUUCAUUCACACUCACACACAAGCUGUCCACUUGUGAUCGGAUCACUUAAGACACCUGUUACUGCCAUGUGUGAACAGGGCCUUUGUCACAAUGUGAGCCAUCAUGUCCAAUCGAAAUUCUUGACCAGCCCCUUGAGUAAAUUAUUUUUGUGCCAUUCAUGUGUACAGGGUGCGUUGUGUCGGUUGUCGACCCAGUUGGGCUACCUUGUAUUUGAUCAGGCUGGUUUCUCAUUAAAUGUUAAAUGACA